CUCCUAUCUCCAUUUUAUGUAAUAAACAUCGAUCCUAAUAUGGACAUGAACGCCUUCAUCUCUCUUGCAGGUAUAUCGAAAUGUCAGAAGAGCCACUCCCUCUCACCUCGUCAUCACAUGGACGUGUGUCCGGAAAAUCAUGGAAGGCACCAAAAUCAGCGACCUUUCGUACCCAAUGUUCUGCCGGACACAGGUCCAACUUUGAGGAACGAAUGAAGAAGACUACAAAAGAAAAUGCUGCAAAGAAGUUGGAAACUGAACUCAGAGAUGAGAAACAUGCUGAGAAGCAACGGAGACGAGAAAUCACCCUCGAGAGGAAAAACGCAGCAGAGGAACGGCGUAGACUUGAAGAAGACAAAGCAAAGAUGGGAGCUAGAAAAGCUGCGAGGCUACGACGAAAAGCAGGACGCACAAAAAAGAUCCAUGGUUAAAAACAUCCCACUAUACUAUGUUCAUACAAUGUACCGUCCCUACAGCGCCCAUGUCGUGUCCAAUUCAUCUACUUUCACGAAUGACCU